GCACUAAAAUCAAUAAUCUGCUUGUAAACAAGCCCUACAUGUGGGGCAAACAAUUCAUUUAGCAAAUUCUUUUUUAUACACAAUAAUUUAUGGUUUUGUGUGUUUAUUUGGAAGUAAAUAAUUAUUUCCCUUUGUUAUUUUAAUAUUAGUGUUAAAUAAGAGGCACAGGAAACAAUGGAUUCAGCCAAUGUAGGAUAUUCGUAUCAUUUGCCGUCAGGCGGGUGGAAUUAUAAGAUUCGCAACACAUUAUCACAAUUUAGUGAUCUGUUCAGCGAAUUUAAUAAAUACAUCGCGCCGGCAUAUCAUCACGACCGAUGCGAAAGGUCUGUUCAAAUGAGGAUAUAUUCAAUGCACAAAGGGGAGUUUGUAAUGGUUUUUAUAGCAUUUUUUGCUUGCUUCGGUUUGGGUGUGUUCAUAGGAUUAGCAGGUCCAUCACCAACGUCCACCACGUCGGUAGCCGCUUCCACGCUGCUGACAAACGCCAGUGACAUAUACCAAGGCCCGUUCCAUUUGCACAGUCCCGCGCUUGGCACGCGCGUGCAGCAACUGUGGCUGCUAGCCGAAAUACUGACCAAUAAUAAUGACGAGGAAAUAUUUGAUAAGAGUUUCCAAAUAAGUAUAUCUAUAGAUGGUAUACUAAGUGACCAUACAGCUGUUAACCUGAUACCAGAAAGCUCCGCUACAAAUCGGACUCAACAUCUAAAGUGCAAAGAGCAAGUAUGCGACGAGGUUAUGAUCCUACAUUUAGGUUCCUUAGUGUACACACACUACGUACUAAACAUACGAUUUUAUGGACUCAAGGAGUUCCACAAAAGAUAUUAUAUUAAAGAAAUUAUAUUCUAUUUUAAAACUUAUAAUCCAGGUUUCACGCAAAUGGAAACGUGGUUCAGAUUUAUUUUUCUACUCACGACCUUCACAAUCGCUUGUUGGUUCGCGCAUUCCCUGAGGAAAUACUCCACCCACGACUGGGCUAUAGAACAGAAGUGGCUUUCUAUAUUAUUGCCACUGCUUUUAUUAUACAAUGAUCCGAUAUUUCCUUUACGCCUGGUCUCCGGGAGCUGUUUCGCACCUCUAAUGGACACCAUAUUCCAGACUCUAUUCCUAGCUUGCGUCAUGCUGUCCUGGCUGGCACAAUACCACGGUCUAAGACAGAAUGAAAGGGGUUUCUUAUCUUUCUAUUUAUCGAAACUAAUUGUAGUCGGUAUGGUGUGGACGCCUGCGAUGGUCAUCACCAUAUGGCAGAAGUAUUAUGCUUUCUACGAUCCAACGUUCAAUUACAACAUGAAUCCGAAUUACCCUGUCGUCAAGAUUAUGUUCUUUAGUGCGAUUACACUUUACUUCUUAUACUUAUUGAUCCUUAUUAUAAAAGCGUACAGUGACUUGAGGAAUAUGCCAUUUUUUGAUAUAAGACUUCGCUGCUUAUCGAUCGUGGUUGGCACUGUUACGUUCAUAACGAUGCUGUUGGCGAUACAAGGGUGGGGUCCGGCUGCGUUGCAAGAUCACUGGGCCGCGCAACCAAAGGUCCACUACGAUACGUCCGCUCCGUUCAUGGCUCUAUAUGGCCUGUUCAACUUUAAGAUGUAUAUACUGGCCUAUCUAUUCUCGCCUGGCGGUGGUUCUAUACACGAAACGGCCAUAACCAAAGACAACCCCGCAUUUUCCAUGAUCAACGACUCGGAUGAAGAAGUUAUUUAUGGUUCCGAUGAGGAAAGCCGCCGCCCACUCAACUCCCACCACAGAAUGAACAAUGAAGACAUAUGAUUCACUAGGCAAAGUUAUGUUUUCGGUCAUUGUAUGUUUUUUUCUUAUUAAGAAAUUAUAAAAGUAUUUCAA